AUGGCGAUUCUUUGGGUCUUUUUCUACUGAAUAGCUGGCACAUAUGCGAAUGGAAAACUUUCAUGCAAUUUGUGAGAAUGCCCAGAUGUAAAAGUAAUUAUCAAUCAGAAAGGAAAUAGCCAUUGCAACCCAGAAUGCAUGAAACCUUAUUGCAAUUAUGACUCAAGCAUUUAUGUUGAUGGACUGGUCAAUAAAGAAAGCUCAGAUUGUUACUGAAGCUGCAUUUAUAUAGAUGGCUGUAAUAAGGAAAUGCUUGGGGAUGGAAUCUGUAAUGACAUUUGCAAUACUAUGAAUUGCGGUUAUGAUUGAGGAGAUUGUGGGUAUUGCGCUCCUUCAUGUAAAUUUUAUUUAGGCACAGAAGCCAGACUUCAAGAAAAGUGCUACCCUGAUUGUAAUGUGCCAUCCUGCUACUAUGGGUCUGGGUCUUGUAAUGAGUGCCAGCCUGGGUGCUCCUCUAAUUUAUUAGGCAACGGAGUCUGCAACCUCGAGUGUGCAUUUCCUGGAUGCAAUUUUGAUUUUGGUGAUUGCGCUAAUUGAAUUUGCGCACCUGGCUGCUUUAUGUGAAUGUACGGAAACUCAAUUUGUGAUGAGGCUUGCCAUGUACCUGAGUGCAACUUUGACGGAUAUGAUUGUGACUGUUCUCCAGGGUGCUUCGAUUCCAUGCUUGGUGAUGGGAAGUGUGAUCCAGCGUGUAAUAAUUGAAAUUGUGUUCUAGAUAGUCAUGAUUGUGGAGCUUGCGCUAGUGGAUGUUAUCCAGAAAUGUUAGGGAAUGGAAUUUGUAAUCCUGAAUGCAAUAAUUAUGAUUGUGAGUAUGACUAUAAAGACUGCGCAUGCUCAAAAGACUGCACUUAUUUAGAUUAUGGAAAAUGUAAGCCAGAAUGCUUAGUAGCUAAUUGCAAUUUUGAUAGAAUAACUCAAUAUCCAAAUUCUUGAUGCCAAAAUAAUGGCCUAGCAAUUUUUUCUUCAUAUCAGCAAAUCAUACGCCAAGAUUUCCAAUAUAUUGCAUACUUAGAAAAUUGCUUUAAGGCCUCGAAUUAUGCUUGCAAUAUUGGCAAAGUUUUUGACAUGAAAAACUGUUUUUGGGAAUGCAAUAUACUUGAAUGCAAUUUUGCAAAUGGUAACUGCAAUUUUUAUGUUAUACAAGAUCCUGAUUGUUCGAGAGUUUAUGUCGGCCAAAAUUAUCUAAUGUGUCUUUCAUGUAAAGCACAAUUUUUAUAUCUCGGAUUCUGCAUUCAUGUUGGAAAUAACCCACGUACACAAUUUCCUGAUGGGUCUUUAGUUUAUGUUCCAAGUUAUGACAUUUCAUCAGCUAAUAAUCCACAUAUAUAUUUCGCAACAUCAAUUGCUGGCUCUGAUAUUUAUAAAGGCGAAGGAACUAGAUGAUCUCCAUAUCGGCACUUUCUUGUUGCUUUAUAUUUUUCUACAAAUGCUUAUACAACGAUUUAUCUCUUAGAUGAUGGGGAUUACUUCAUUGAUCUAAAUUUUGAUGAUAUUUAUACGUGAGGCUAUUUUGAUUACAAAAAAUCGUCAAAAAACGUUCUUAUCGCUUCUUGGAGUAGAAAUCAAAUAAGAAUUAGACAGCGAAACCCUGAUACUGCAUUUUACCAAAAAUUAUUUGAGUUCUGGUAUUCUUCAUUAGAAAUGAGAAACUUGAUAUUUGAUGGGAAAAACUUCAUUACCUGCGGUGGUAGUCCAUACUGUGAGUACUGCCCGUAUAUAUUCUCAAAUUCAGAAAAUUAUAUGCGUUAUAACGAUAGGCAUGAAGAAAUUUAUGAGUACUUGAGUUCAGCUUAUUGCGAAUAUCAAAAAGAUUUUUAUUGAUUCUUAAUUGCCAAUAGUAAUCUGAUCCUUAAAAAUGUAACUUUUCAAAAUUUUCGAUUUGGCCAUACUGCCCUAAUGAAAAUAGCAGGCAGCAGCAAUGUUGUCCUCAAUAAUGUAAAUUUUGAUAACAUAAAAUUGGCUGAAAUUGAGAAUUCUGGAGUUAUACUUUUUGUUGCUUCCCUGAGUGAUUAUUAUUUUUAUGAUCCUACUCCGGGAACAUUCUUCUAUAAUUAUGGUAAAGUGAGCAGGCUAAAUAAUGGUUAUGAACUCGGAGAUCCAAUUAAUUUAAGAGGAUUUUUAUAUGCUCCAAAUAUCACAUCUGUAGUAAUAAAAAAUGUGGAGUUUGAGUAUAAUAUGAUAUAUCAAAACCCAUUGAAUAUCCUGAAUUCAGCCUCUUUAAUUGCUCUUGGAUGAUUUGAAACAUUAGUAAUUGAUUCUUGCACAUUUUCAUAUAACUACUGCGAACUAGGCAUUAUCAAUAUCCAAAACACGAAUAGCUACUAUAAAAUUGAAUUCGAUGAAGCAGAAAUCAUAAAAUAUUCGACUCUUACUCAUAUUCAUAUAAACAAUACACAUUUUAUAUCAAAUUAUGGAAAAUCAAAUGGGAUUUUUUCUGCACAUUAUUAUAAUGAAACGCAAAAUAUAUUGAUAGAGUCUUCAUAUUUUAUUUCAAAUGGAGCUGAAACCAGUAGUAUAAUAUCAAUCUGAAGUGAGUCAAUGAAAGAUGCAAUUGCCAAAGGAAAAUACAUAAAUGCGACUACUCCAAGUGGGAUUACUAUUGCUGUAAAAUAUUUACCUAAUUUCCUCACAUUGAAGAAUCUGACUUUUCAAGAUAAUUUAUCAGGAGCAGACGGAUUAAUAGAAAUAAAGCAAAUGACCAAUAUAGACAUAGAAGAUAUUCAAAUAAAAGAUAAUGGAGAUAAAUCUUAUAAAGAGGACAAUGUCAAUUCAAUAGUUUUGCUAAACUUCAUUAGGAAUCCUUAUAUUUAUUUAAAACUUGAAGUGUCAAAUCCAGUACAUCUGUCCUGCAAAUCAAUGGCUUUAAUAAGUGGUUCAGUUAAUCUCUUAAUGCAGAACAUCAGCACAGUCAAUAAUUAUUGCAGCAGAUCAUCACCUGCAAUUAUCAUUGAUAAUACAACAUCGAUUCUUAUUGACUCAUUAGAUUCUGAAUGAAAUGUAGGUGCAGGAACUGCUGGGAUCAGUUUAUCUUUACAAAAUCUUAACUCAGCAACUAUCAAAAACUCAAAAUUCAUAAACAAUGUAAAUUAUUUAAAUGGAAGUCCAGGAGCAAUUGAUUUCACAAACAGCAGUACAUUAUUGGUAGAAAACUGCAUUUUUUUAAAAAAUAGUGGCGAUUCAGGAGGUGCUUUAUAUUUUUCAGGUCAAAACCUGCAUAUCAACUAUAGUCAUUUUGAAUCAAAUCAAUCACCUGAACUAUCUGGAGGAGCUAUCCAUUGAAUAGUGCCCCAAAGUUUGACUACUUCCGAUUUAGAAUUUAUUGUUUCGGAUACAUAUUUUAAAAAUGAUUCUUAUAUACAUAAAAAUGGCGCAUGACGUCCGACUCCUCUCGUGCGACGGUAACCCAUGUAUAUCCGGGCAAGAUUUUCAGGAGGAAUGAUAUGGCCCAGCAUUAUAAUGAGCCUAGAAGAAGGUUUGUGGCCUGAUCAUUGGGCAGUUAAUCAUGAAUCCUUUUUCCAGCAGCCCGAAAUGGAGCAGAGUGAUUUCCCUUCUCAAGCUGCUCUUGAUGGCUUGCCCCGAAUCACAGAAGUGGUUGAGUUUUUCUCAGGGAUGUCCUGGAAAAGGGGAGACAGGCUAGGAUGCAUGCAGGCGAUCCCUCUGGUUCAAAGGGUCCUAUAAAAGGACAGCGGCCAGGGUAGGUACAGUUGGCCUUAGAAGGGCGAAGGGACUGAGUUGGAAAUGGUGGUGCCCAGCAUAGGUCUGCGGGCACAAAUAGGGCAAUCCACUACCGAAAACCCAGAGGUACCAAAGGUGGAAGUCCACCAAAUUCGCUUGUGCCACCACGCAUCUGGAAGUAGAGACUUUAAACAUCCAGCACUUACUCCCCCCCUCCGUGAGUGAACAAAAAAAUUUUGUUCACUCACGGAGGGGGUUAAUUUAUUUUUUUUAAAAAAAUUUAUAUAUAAAUUUUAUAAAAAUUUUUUUUUUUCGAAAUUUAAAAAAAUCCUAAUUCGCAAAAAUUGGAAAGUAAAUAUUAAUUUAAUUUAUAAAAUUUAUGUUUUAAAAGGCAAUUCGUUUGAAAAUUAAACAGAAUUAGCUCUAGAUUUCAUUAUACUAAUUAUCAUUUAUAUAUCAAAAUUUUUUUCCAUAAAAAAAUUUUUGUAUAAAAAAAUUUUUGUUCACUCACAGAGGGUGGGUUUUUGGGCAAAAAAUUGCGAUUUUUCUAAUGGUUUUGUUCACUCACGGAGGGGGGGGAGUUAGCAUAACUUUACUAACUUAAAAAUAAUUCUUGCUCUCUCAACGGUGGGUCAAUUUAUUUGAAUAAAAAGUUUUAUUCAAAUACAAAAAUGGCUUUAUCAAUCAGCAAUUCAACAUUUUUGAAAAAUAAAGCAUUUAACGGGGCUUGCAUUUAUAUUGGAAAUUCUAUAAAACUAUCAAGUAACUCUCUAUUAAAUAAUUGCACAUUCAAAGAAAAUGAUGCAUCUCUCUCAGGCUCUCUUUUUAUUUCUUAUUUCGAUGGAAUCCUUUCUAUUGAUAAUUCUAAUUUUAUUGAAAAUAAAGGAUCAUAUAGCUCAGCUCUUCAUGUUGCAAUCAAUGAAAAUAUUGAAGAAAUUCCAUCAAAAGUUGUUUUAAAUUCUUGUGUUUUUCGAUGGAAUAAAGCAUCCGUCACUAUUUUAUUAAGCGAUGAAAAUAAAAAUUCAACGUUGGAAACGGAGUAUUGUUUAUUUGAAUACAAUCUUGGUUCUAUUUUUUCCUUACUGCCCCCAUUUGUGAGCGAACAAAACAAUUUUGUUCGGGACAGGGUAGUUUUUUUCGAAAUAUUAAAAAAUCCCAAUUUGUAAAAAUUGAGAAGUAAAAAUUAAUUUAAAUUUCGAAAUUUAUAUUUCAAAAUGCAACUGUUUAAAAUUAAACAGAAUUAGCAAGAGAGAUUUCAUUAUAAUAAUUAUAACUUAUAUAUCAAAAAUUUUUUUUUCCAUAAAAAAUUUUCGUCGUUCGCCAACAGAGGGUGAGCUUUUACCCAAAAAUAGGAUUUUUCUAAUGUUUUUUCAAUCACGGAGGGGGGGAGUUAGACAAUGAUACACUAAUAGAUAAUAAUUCCACAUUUCAGCACGGAUAUUCAGAUUUAUCUGGAACUGUAGCAACAUUAAAAAAUUCAGCAAUCAUGAAUCUAAAAAAUGCUUUUUUCUAUAAUAACACAAGCACAAUAAAUGGAGGAGUUGCAUCAUUAAGCUACGAAUCUGAAUUUUAUUGUAUAUCAUGCACUUUAAUUGAAAAUUAUGCAACUAAUGCAGGGGGCAUCGCUUAUGCUGAGUCAGAUUCAUUUUUUAUUAUCAAAGAUUCAAAAAUCGAGAAAAAUUAUAGUAAAAAUAAGGGAUCUGUAUUUGCUAUGAUUAGAUGCUCAAAACAUACUUCAGUAAUAAAUAAUUGCGACAUUAAUGAAAAUAGGGCCCAAAAUGGUGGAACUAUUUCACUUUUAUCAUCAGUCAUAGCACUUGUUUCUUCAACUUUUCAUCAUAACCUUGCAGAUGAAAAUAAUGCAGGAAUUGGCUUAUCUUUUUCAAACAUCACUAUUCUAAAUACAAGCUUUUCAGAUCAAUCUGGAAAGCAAGGAUGCUUUAUAGAGAUAAAUGCAAAUAGCAAUGCUGUAAUUGAGGAAUCGAGCUUUGCAAAUGGAUUUUCGACUAGUUCAGGAACUGCUAUUUUUUCUAUUUCAAGCACUGUAACUAUUUUGAAAUCAUUAUUUUCUAAUAUAGCUUCAAGCAAUGGAGGAGCUAUCUUUAUUUACAAAGAAAGCUCAUUAUAUCUUAAUGAUACAGUAAUUCAAAAUUCUCAAGGAUCUUCAAUUGAUUCAUAUAACAGUCGUAUCAAAAUAGAAAAUUCACUAUUUAAAAAAUCAACCAAAAAUAUUAUUUAUAGCGAAGAACUACAUUUAUUGACAAUUAAGUCUUCAGAAUUUUCUGAAGGAUCAGGAUCAAAUGGAGGAGCUAUUUAUUGUUUUAAGUGUAUGUCAUUAAUAAUUGAUUCAUGCUCAUUUGAUAGUAAUUUUGCAUCAGAAUAUGGAGGGGCAGUUUAUUUUGCUACUGAAAAAGAUUUUCCGAGAGAUCAAUAUGCGAUAUCCUCAUCUGAAUUUUCAAGUAACAAAGCUAUAAAUGGAGGAGCGGUUUAUAUUGAAAAUUUAAAUUUUACUGUUUCUUCAUCUAAAUUUAUCAAAAAUUUUGCAGAUUCAUCUGGAUUAAAAAAUAAUGAUAAUGGAGUGAUCGAUGGGAUUGGAGGUGGAAUUAACUUUAGCUGCAAGGAUUUUGGCAUAUGCUUUUUUAAUGUAUCUUAUAGCAAUUUUACGGAAAAUGCAGCAGUUUAUAAUGGAGGGGCUAUCAGUUGGAAAGACGCUGAGCCAAUGAUUAUAUAUAAUAACUUUGAAAGAAAUUCUGCAGAAUAUGGAAAUGACAUUGCUUCAUUCCCUAUUAUGAUGGCAUAUCAAGAAAUUAAAAACACGAAAAAGGCUUCAUUACAAUCACCGACUAUAGAUGGGAUUGCUUCGGGUCAAAAAAGCAAUAAACCUAUUGAAUUUGCUUUAGUUGAUCACUAUAAUCAGAUUGUUAAAACAGACAACAUAAGUCAAGCACAAAUGCUCAGCGCUAGUUCAGAUACAAUUCUUUUUGGAAUAACUCUAGCAACAGCAGCUAAUGGAAUUUUUAGCUUCACUGAUUAUGUCAUCACAGCUCAGCCAGGAUCCUUAACUAAAAUAGAGAUUUAUACUUCUGCCAUUAAAGAAUCAGACGGCUAUUCAUCAUCUAGUCAAGAUUUUUAUGCAGACGUAAAAGUCCGUUUAUGCGAAUUUGGAGAGGCAACUGUAAAUAUUACUUGUUUGAUUUGUGAAAAGCCUUAUUAUAGUUUAAAUCCAAACAAUACUGCAUGCCUUGCCUGCCCUGAUCAUGCUGAUUGCUAUGGAAAUUAUACAAUUGUCCCUCAUUAUGGAUAUUGGAGAGAUAAUAAAUAUAUACUGAUCAUUUUUGGGGGUGAGGAGGGUUAGACCGACUGUUGUAUCUAUGUCUACGAUGGAGUAGUGUUAGUUAGAUCACCUCAAAAUGGUGCGACAUAGGUAUUGGAAAUUUUUAAAAAUUUCCAAUUAAUCACAACCUCUUUAUAGAGCCGGCCUAUCCCGAUAGGGGUGUAUCGACUUAGGCCGACUCACCAAAAAAUUUUUCGGGAUAGGCCGGAUGCAAAAAUUUGGUAUAGUGUUAGGCCGGGAAUUUUUUUUGUUUUGUUUUGGCAAUAGAUUUAGGCCGUAUUUUUAAAAUUUUUUUUUUUAGCAAUAGACUUAGGCCGGAAAAAAAAUACAGUCGUGUUAUGCCGAUUAUAUAUGUUAUUUUUCAGAUAAAUUAAUUUAAUAAAAGAUAGUAAGAAUAUUGUAAGAAUAUAUUUGAAAUAAUCCUUAAGCCUUUAAUUAUAUAUGAUAAAAAAUCGUUUAAAUUUAAUAUUGCUACGCUUAAUAAUAAAAUUAUUCCAUUAGAUGAUCCAAGUCUUGAUCUCCAAAUGAUGAAAGCAACCCAUCGUCUUGAGGUAUUGUCCAGAAUAUAAAUUAAGUAUAUCUUUACUUAUAUAUUAAUGUGUUGAUAUUAAGGAAAGCUAUGGAAUUAUGAUUAGUAUUAUGUAAAAAAUUAGUGAUUGUACAGAAUAAACAUUAAAAUAAUAAUUUUCACUGCACAAAAUUGCUAUAACCUGAUUAAACCUUAAGUAUUCUGCAAAACCUUCAUGAAAUUUUUUCCUAGUUUAUUGGGUUUCGGCCUAAAACUACUAAAAAAAAAUUUGUUUUUAAAAAUCUGGCCUAUCUCUAUUUUUUUUCUGUGAUCCGGCCUAAGCCGAUACUACCCGAUUCCUCCUUGUCGACAUAGGCCGGCUCUGAUAAAAAUAUAGGAAAAUUUUAAGAAUUUCCAAUACCUGUGUCGCUAAAUUUAAAACAAAAAAAGCUAUCACUACAAAAAAAAAGACAUAACUUUGUAAGUCGGCCUUACCCUAACAUAAAGAUGGAGAUAGGCCGACCUACGAAAUUAUGCAUAUUUUUUUGUAGUGAUAGCUUCUUUUUACUAAAAUUUAGCGACAUAGGUAUUGGAAAUUCUUAAAAUUUUCCUAUAUUUUUAUCAGAGCCGGCCUAUGUCGACACGGAAGAAUCGGGUAGCAUCGGCUUAGGCCGGAUCACAGAAAAAAAAUAGAGAUAGGCCUGAUGCAAAAAUUUGGUAUAGUGUUUUAGGGCCGGAAAAUUUUUUUUUUUUUUGUUGCAAUAGAUUUAGGCUGAGAAAAAUAAUUUUUUUUUUUUGUUUUAGCGAGUUAGGCCGAAAAAAAUUAUUAAGAAAAUAUAUAUAAAAUCGGCCUAACCCUAUUAAAUUUUUUUGUUUCUUCUUUUUUCGGCCUAAGCCUAUUGCGAAAAAAAAAAAAAAAUUUUCCCGGCCUAACACUAUACCAAAUUUUUGCAUCCGGCCUAUCUCUAUAUUUUUUGGUUGAUCCGGCCUAAGCCGAUACCCCCCUGCUCUUCCCUGUAGAUAUAGGCCGGCUCUGAUCAUUUUUGGAAAUGCCCAUACCCUCCAGCUUGUUUGGGAUCCCCAGACCUCAAUAAUAUUUCAUAUACAGGAAUCUGCAAAAAAGGCUAUAAAGGGAACAUGUGUCAAUCUUGCGAUUCUGGAUAUUCAAGACUCUAUAAAAAUGAAUGCCAAAAAUGCCCUGAUACUGAUGUCAAUAUCAUGAGAAUGUUUGGAUUUAUUAUUAUUUUUUUUAUUAUUACAUUAUUAACCAUAAAAGCUGUAAAAAAUUCUAUCCUAGGGCUUUCAACAUUUACUUCAGUUAACAUCAAAAUAUUUUGGAAUUAUUUACAUAUUAUAAUAAUCAUCACAACCUUCAAUUUAAAUUGGCCACGAUGAUUAAUGAAGCUUUUUUAUAUAGAAUUAAGCAUGAAUUAUGUUGGAGAGCAACUAUUUUCUUUGGAUUGCCUUUUUCAAAAAUCAAAUCUGAAAAUAAAAAUAUUUUAUACCAAACUUAUAUUUAUUAGCUUUAUACCUAUAAUGCUAUGAGUUUUAUGCUUUUUGUGAUGAAUAUUAUACUAUAAGAUAAAAUUAAGAAUCUGAAAACCGAUUUCUGAUAGUCUAGUUUCCACCUCAAUUAUUUUAGUAUUUUUGAUCUACCCGGGUCUCAUUGAAACUCUGCUCAGUAUUUUUAGUUGUAGAGAAAUAAAUUCUGAUGAGUAUUGACUUAAUAUUGAUCUUGAUAUUCAAUGCUGGGAUUUUGAUCAUGUCUUUUUUUCAUAUUUGAUAGCUCUGCCUGCAAUCAUAGUUUGAGGAAUUCUUGUCCCAGCAAUUUGGCUGGCAAAGUUAAAUAGAUGUAAGAACAGAUUAGAAGAAACAGCAGUCAAAUUAAGAUAUGGCUUCCUCUACAAUGGUUUUACUAACAACCCAGUCCGUGAGCAAACAAAAACCUUUUGCUCGUUUACGUAGGGGGUUAAUUUUUUUCAUAAUUUUUACAUAUAAAUUUUAUAGUAUUUUUUUUUCUUCAAAAAAUCAAUAUUGAAAAUAAUUUUGAAGCAAAUAUUAAAUUAAAUUUUAAAAUUUAUGUUUUAAAAUUCAAGCUGUUUAAAUAGAAAUAGCUAGAGAUUUCGUUAUAAUAAUAAUUAUUACUUAUAUAUUAAAUUAUUUUUCUUAAAAAAAUUUGGCAAUGCUUUUGUUCUCUCACAGAGAGGGGGAGUAAGCAAUACUUUUAUUGAGAAUUAGUGAUUUUAUAUUGCAAAAUUGCGUUGAUAAGCUUUUCGGUGUUCUUAUCAAACAUCUCAAUUUCUAUCCAAGCUCUUGCAGUUACGAUUUUAUUAAUUUUUUUCCUUAUUUUACAAAAUAAAAAUAAACCAUUUGCAGACAAGCGUUCAAACGAAGUGGAACUAUUUUCUAAAUUUACUUUAUUAAUUACAGCGUGCACUGGUCUUUUCUUUUUGACUGAUGAAUUAGAAUAUCCUGGAACAGUUUUUGUAUUUAUAAUAGCAUUGUGUUCAAAUGUUUCUUUCAUUAUUUAUAGUUUACUACGAAUCUUUAGUGAAUUUCUGAAAUUAAUUAAAGAGAAGUUUUUAUUGAUAAGAAACAUUUUAUUCAGAAAAUCUGAAGCAAAAACAAAUUAUAUUAUCGAAGAUAGUAUAAGUGAAGAUGCAAAGAAUAAGCAUAUGGAUUAUACGCAUAUCACAGCUAGUAGAAUCAUCAAUAGCUCUCAAGAAAUCGAAAAUGAAUGCUUUGGAAAUAAUUCAAAUAAUAGAAUCAAUUUUCGAGAAGCUGAUCCGAACCCUUCUGAAAAUAGCGCUCUAUCUAGUCAAAACGAUAAUUAA